AUGACAACUAUCAGGUGUCUUCUUGGCAUUGCAGUGAAGAAGAAAUGGGAAGUGUUUCAAUUGGAUGUGAAUAAUGCCUUCCUGCAUGGGGAUUUGCAGGAAGAAGUAUUCAUGAAAUUCCCAAUAGGGAUGCAGUCCCCUUCACCCAGUCAUGUUUGUCUCUUGAAGAAGUCACUUUACGGGAAGGUUACCAUUAUUGCAGUCUAUGUUGAUGAUAUUCUACUAACAGGGGAUGAUUUAAAGGAACAACAUUUGUUAAAGAACUUACUGCAUGAGUUUGGAGCCUUUGACCUAAGGCCAGCUUCAUCACCACUUGAUCCCACUCAAAGACUCAAUCUUGAUACUGGCGAAUUGCUUCCAGAUCCAACCUUUUACCGUAGACGUCUAUUGGGGAAAUUGAACUUCCUCAUCCACACGCGACCUAAUUUAUCCUUCACCAUCCAACAUUUGAGCCAGUUCAUGCAAUCUCCCCGGAGUCUUCAUUUGGAUGCUGCCUUUCACUGCCUGCACUACCUUCUUUCAGAUCAGGGUAUGGAUUUGCUAAUGAACUCCAGCUCUUCUCUUCGUCUUCUUGCCUUCUGUGAUUCCGACUGGGGUCGGUGCCCUGAUUCUCGCCGUUCCAUCAGUGGGUUUUACAUCAGCUUAGGAGGUUCUCCAGUAUCCUGGAAAUCAAAGAAAUAA